CGCGGAGGGGCGCGCGGCGCCGCCGCGCCGCCGCUGCAGAGCCUCGGCUUCAAGGGCAGCGGCGACCACAGGGGGGGACCUGGAGGAGUUCAUCUCCAAGAACCAGCUGGACGACCGCACCGUGGGGGCGCUGCAGUCGCUGUCGGAGGUCGAGCAGAAGAAGGUCAUGGGGACCGACGGCGGACAGAACAGCUUCACCCUGAUCGACAGGGUGAAGAACCCCAACGCGGUCGUCAUGUCGCGGAUACGGCGGGCGUCGUGA